AUGGCUACAGCAUCUGCAACAACUGCUACAGCUGCUGAAGAAGACUUGGAUGAUUGUGGACCACAACUUAUUAACAAAUUAGAGGGCAAUGGCAUCACUGCUGGGGAUAUAAAAAAAUUGGAAGAAGCUGGAUACCACACUGUCGAGUCAGUAGCAUAUGCACCAAAAAAAUGGCUUAUAACUAUAAAAGGCAUAUCAGAAGCAAAGGCAGAUAAGAUACUAACUGAGGCCUCAAAGCUUGUCCCCAUGGGUUUUACUACAGCAACCGAGUUUCAUCAGAAAAGAGCAGAAAUCAUUCAGUUGACAACUGGUUCAAAGGAAUUAGACAGGCUUCUUGGGGGUGGCAUUGAAACUGGAUCCAUCACCGAGAUAUUUGGAGAAUUUCGAACAGGAAAAACACAGAUUUGUCACACCCUUGCUGUCACAUGCCAGUUACCAAUUGAACAAUCAGGUGGUGAAGGAAAAUGUAUGUAUAUAGACACAGAAGGGACAUUCCGUCCAGAGAGGCUUUUGGCAGUAGCACAAAGAUAUGGCAUGGAAGGAGCAGCUGUACUGGACAAUGUGGCAUAUGCCCGAGCAUAUAAUACUGAUCAUCAGACACAGUUGCUUGUACAGGCAUGUGCUAUGAUGGCUGAAUCCAGAUAUUCCUUGCUAAUAGUUGACAGUGUGACUGCUUUAUACCGUACAGACUAUUCUGGACGUGGUGAACUGAAUCCAAGACAACAGCAUCUCGGCAGGUUCAUGAGGAUGCUGCUAAGACUCGCUGAUGAGUUCGGCGUCGCAGUGAUAAUUACAAACCAGGUGGUGGCACAAGUGGACGCAGUGGGUGUAUUCAACGCAGACACAAAAAAGCCAAUUGGCGGACAUAUUCUUGCGCACGCGUCGACCACUCGCCUAUACUUACGCAAGGGACGCGGUGACAAUAGAGUUUGCAAGAUUUAUGACAGCCCGUGCCUUCCAGAGACUGAAGCAAUGUUUGCGAUUAGUUCAGAAGGAAUUACUGAUCCUAAGGAAUAA